AUGACACAUGUGGACAGGAUACCGUACGCUGACAAGAUAACCCCUGAGCCAAUCUUGCACAACAAUAGCGGUAGAGAGACAAAAGCAGACUCGAUCAGGAACAGCUAUAAUAGCCAAUUCAAAGUGGGAAUCUAUGGCUGGAGAAAAAAAUGUCUCUAUAUUCUUGUCAUGGCACUUAUGAUUAUGAUGAUCAUCAAUCUGGCAUUGACUCUUUGGGUUCUCAAAGUUCUGGAUUUUAAUUCGGAAGGAAUGGGCCAACUGCGCAUAGUGCCAGGAGGCCUACAGCUUUUGGGACAAGCCUUGAUGUUGGAUUCUUUAUUUGCAUCCACCAUUAAAUCACGCCGAGGAUUUCCAAUUUACCUGGAAGCAUCGCGGAAUUUCACUGUUUCUACUAGAGAUUCGCAUGGAAUGCUGCAGAGUAGAUUAUACCUAGGUCACGAUCGUUUGGAGGUAAAUAUUGCACGGUUAGAAGUUCGAGACGCCAAGGGGGCAUUGCUUUUAAGCGCGGGGCAGAAUUCAGUCACAGUUGGAGCCGACACGCUCACAAUAUCUAGCCCUGCCGGAGUUACUAUACAGACCGCAGCGCAAACACCCUUUGUUAAAGCUCCACCUUCCAAACCGCUUGUUUUGGAAUCACCGACGCGUUCUCUCGAGAUGCACGCGGCACAAAACAUCGUCCUGGAGUCCCGUGCCGGUGACAUCAGCGCCAGCUGCCUCACUACUUUCCGACUCAGAUCCGUCGCUGGCUCGAUUCGGUUAGACGCGCCAAGUAUAUAUAUGCCGAAGCUGAAAUCAGCGCUUCCAUUGCCUCCUUCAGCACCGCAUGCACACGAUCCUCACCAUCAAAAUAUUUAUCAACUAUGCGCGUGCGCAAAUGGAAAGCUGUUUCUUGCACCACCGCAUGGAGCUUGCGCGGCAAGGGAGGAAAGCCUCAUAUGCCGAUGA